AUGGCAGCCCAUGAGUUGGCCGAGUUAAGGUCUGGAAGCCCCUCAUCAUCUCAUCUACCCAUCGAAGAGUCCAACAGCUCCGCCCGCCCUGAACUUGAGCAAGUCCCGCUGCCACCGGUGGACCAGGGCAAAGGUGCCUGUUGCCAGUUUGGGGUACGCAUCGAUAUACCCAGCUGUAGUCAUAUGUCUGCUCAUGCGCAACAUCCAGGGUUCUCUCUCGUUGCCGGCAUCUUUCAGGAAUACUUUGAGACGCAUAAUGACCUCGAUGGAGGUAAAGGAGGUCUGGCCAUCAUGGGGACUACAGCAACGGUGAUAUCGCCUGUUAUUACCAUUAUGUUCACCUUCCAUUUGGCUGACAUUGUUCUCUUACAGGGAAUCCUCUACCUCCUGUCACCUGUGACGUUCACGCUCUUGACCCGCUACCCACAUCUCCCAAAGUCCUGUGCGUUUGUCGGACUGGCUCUCAGUGUCGGCGGCUCGCUGCUCUCUUCUUUCGCCACAACUGUCUGGCAGAUGAUUGUGACGCAAGGUGUUAUCUGUGGCCUUGGGAAUGGCCUCGUCUUCAGCCCGACCACGCUCUAUCUAGAUCAGUGGUUCGUUCGUCGCAAAGGUCUUGCAUAUGGAAUCAUGUGGGCUGGUAAGAGUAUCUGCGGUGUAGCUCUGCCAUUCGCGACAAGUGCCUGUCUUGACCGAUUUGGAGCGAGGACAACUCUAAGGGCUUGGACGGUAGUCACGCUGCUCACUCUCGCUGUGACCCUUCCUUUCAUUAGGCCACGAAUCCCCCCAGCCCCCUCUACCACUCCGCAGCCUCUGAACCUCGCUUUCUUGAAACUGGUCACGUUCUGGAUGCUCCAGCUCGGGAACAUCAUCCAGAGCUUCGGCUAUUUCUUGCCCAGCACGUAUCUACCGUCGUACACAACAACCGCAGCUGGCCUGUCAGAAACCACAGGGACUCUCCUAGUGGCACUCUUCAACGCCACAUCUAUUGUAGGUGGAAUCGUCCUGGGGUCUCUUUGUGAUCGCUUCGCCGUCAGCAAUAUCAUGUUGCUCUCCUCCGUAGGCUCUGGGGUGUCUGUCCUGCUGUUCUGGGGCCUGUCAACUUCAUCCCCGUCUGCAAGCUUUCCCCAGGCCGCCAUCGCCCUUCUAGUUCUUUUCUCGAUCACGUACGGCUUCUUUGCCGGAGGUUUCAGUUCCACUUGGUCGGGUGUACUCACUCAAGUCAAGCGCGAGGUUCCCUCGCUGGAGACCGGAUUAGUGUUCGGACUACUAGCUGGUGGAAGAGGCAUUGGUAGCGUUAUUAGUGGUCCGCUGAGCUCGGCUCUCAUGCAGCAGGGUUCCAUCACCGGGCAAGAAAACGGCGAGAUCGGGUAUACCACUGACUAUGGGGCGUUGAUUCUAUUCACUGGCGUGACAGCUAUCUUUGGAGGAUGGAGCUGGAUGUGGCAUCACCGACAACUCUGCCUGUGUUAA